UUCUCAAUCUCUUCUUCUUCUUCUUCUUCUAGUUACUAACGAUCUUCAAUGGAAAUCAAUGGUUUUCUUGCAACGGCUGUAAGGAGAAUCCGGAGCAGGACUAUCCAACGAAUCACCACCGUCGCCGCCGCCGAUGAUCGCGAUUUCUUCCAUGUCGCCUUAUCCAUGCCAGAAAUCAUUGCUGAAAUCCUAAUCAGACUUCCAGUAAGAUCCCUCCUUAUAUUUAUGUGCGUCAGUAGAUCAUGGCGUGCUUUGAUAUCCGAUCCCAUAUUUAUCAAGAUGCAUCUAAGAGCUUCAAUCCAAAACAAGAAUUAUGCACACCAUAGACUUAUUAUGAACCUCGUUAACCGUCGCUUAAGUUUGAAAUCAUGUCCUAUCUCAUCUGUUUUGCAUGAAAGAUCUCCUGUUACACAUACCCUCGAUUGCCCUUUAUUGAAGGACUUAAACCGAAGUUGCUCUGUUAGCAUAGUUGGUUCUGUGAAUGGUUUGAUCUGCAUCGCUGUGAAUGACAUUAAUCUAUUUAUAUGGAACCCAGCUACUAGGAAAUCAAAACGACUGCCCCAUUGUGGUGUUAGAAAGCAUCCAGGUCGAUAUUCAUAUGGGUUUGGCUAUGAUGAAGCUAGUUCUGACUAUAAGGUAGUGGUUAUUUACUCUUUCAUAUCUUACCAAGGUUCUUUUGUUGCUGAAGAAAAGAUUUAUGGGUUAAAGAGUGAUAAGAAUUGUAAAUUUUGGAGGAAGAUUGGGAAUUUCCCUAAAGGAAUUCCCUCGGAUGAUUCGGGUAAGUUCGUGAGUGGAUCACUUCACUGGUCGAAUCAAACCCAGAAUAUCGUCUCCUUUGAUGUGUCAAAAGAAAUCUAUUCUGAAAUCUCACAACCCUGUUGUUAUGAGGAUAGGAAGGGGGGUUUGAAUCCAAUGCUUGGGGUUUUAACUGGAUGUCUCAGUCUGCUAUAUAACUUUGAUCAAAAUCAAGCUGAUAUAUGGGUGAUGAAGGAGUAUGGAAAAGUGGAAUCUUGGUCUAAGCUGUUUUCAAUACAGAGUCUGCAUGAGCAGCAUGCUUGUUUGCGAUAUUCUGCACCCUUGUUUAUAUCCAGGAAAAACGAGGUCAUUUUGCUGUUGGGAUCUCAAUUGGUAUUGUAUAAUAUCGACAGCAAUUCGAUUGUGCAUCCAUUUAUUCACAAUAGCUUAUUUGGAGUACACACAUAUGUUGAGAGCUUGGUAUCGCCUUAUCUUGAAGAUGAAUGAGCUAGUUUUGAUUUUGAUUCAUCUUUAUUCUUUACUGUCGAAAUCUUAAACUUUUUAUGAUAUUUUUUUGGAAAACAUCUAUCUGUUAUAGUACCAAAUUUGGUGGGGGAAAAAUAUGAAAUGAGCUUCAAUUUAUUUAUUUAA